GAGAGCGAUGACGCUGAUGGUCAUGCCGAGUCCUCGGGCCACUCACCCCUGAUUGAAGCCGAGCCGCAGCUUCUGCAGCCCGGUGCAGGCGCGCGGCUGACGGCGCACCGGUCCAGAUCGGUCUCGCCGACUGCGCUCCGAUCACCAAGCAUUGACCAGGCCGGCAACGCUGCCUUGUCCCACAAGCAUGCGCACGCUCAUGACAGCGGCGGCAGCAUGUUCGCGAAAAAGGCAACUCAUAGUCGCUCCCUAAUCGAGAUCGACAGCUCGUCGAUCAAGGCCCACUCGUCGCCGCGACUCAACGACGACUUUGCCCCAGAGAACGAUACAAUCGAACCGGCAGCCGAGCCUGGCAGUGACAGUACUGGAGGUGGCUCUAACGAUCUCUUCUUUGACGCUCUAGACGUGCUGCCACCGCCGGCGUCCAACUCGCCGACUUCCGACGUGGAGGCGCCGUCCAUCCUUGUGCUCCAUCCGUCGGUGGGCGAGUCGGACUUUGCGCGGGCACACUCCGAGUCGCGUCGGGAGCGGUCGUUGUCAUCAGACCGGCCGGUGCGGCUUCGGCGGCGGCGGAGGCGCAAGCGGCGGCGGCCGUCGUCUCGCCACACGUCGCAGCGGGCUGCGCGCUCGUGGCGCGAGCCGCGCGGCGGCUCAGACGCCUCGCACGACGGCUCAUACUCGCCAACCGUGACGGCCACCGCCACUGCUACCGCCACCGCCACCGCCACUGGCCCAGCGUCGAUGGGCGCCGCCACGUGGGCAGCGCAGGGUCGGCAGUCGCCCGAGUUGGCCGACUCGGCCGCUGCCGGGGUGCACGAUGACUCGGGCUCGGCCGCCGACAACGGCGGUGACCAACGCAUGCGACAUGUGGCUUCGGAAAGCAAUGUUCACGGGCUUGGCUACCACGCCAACGCGGGUAGCCCAGAGCCGGGCGGCGACAUCAUCGAUGACGAUGUGUCUGCCACGCCGGCGACGCCAGCGACCGAGCCGGUCACGCCCAAGCCGUGGCUUCUUGUCGACUACAAGCCUGUGCAGAACGACCCGGAGCAGAUGCCCGAGGCUAUCAUCGAGCGGUUUGCGGCGGCCGAGCCCGAGCACGCCGCCAUACUUGCCGAGCUUAAGGCGCAUGCAAAGGCGACGUACAACGAGACCUUCCUCACCCAGUUCUGCUCGGACGACCUCGUCUUUCACCGCUACCUUGUUGCCACCCACUGGGAGCUUGAGAAGGCCAAGGAGAUUCUGGGUGAGACGUGCGAGUGGUUUACCGAGAACCGCCCGCGCGAGAUGGUGUGCGAGACGUGCAUGACCGUGCCGGGCUCGCACACCAUGUACAUCCUCGGCUACGACAAGAUCAAGCGGCCGGUGGUGUACCAGACGUUCAAGGGCAACCUCGAUCGCGACCCAGACGCCCUCAUCCGGCACUCGAUUGUGGUCAUGGAGUCGAUGAUCCAUUGCAUGGCGUCGGGCGUCGGCCAGUGGGUGUGGAUCAUCGACUACGCCGGCUUUGGCUACUCGUGGGUCAACAAGUCGAUGGCCAAAAAGUACGCCAACCUCUUCAACAACUACUACGCCGAGCGACUCGGCGAGAUCAUGCUCAUCGAGCCUCCUUUCCUCUUCUCCGCCCUCUGGCGCUUUGGCAAGCGCUUUGCCGAGCCUGAGACGGUCGCCAAGGUCUCCUUCCUUGCCAUGACCGAGACCGAAGACAAGUUCCACCAGCUCUUUGACCCGGACCUCGUCGCUCUCAUCAACGAGAAGAUGGCCUACUACCGCUCACUUUCCGAGUAACAAACGACCAAGCCAUCCAU